AAAUCAUUCGAUUCAGCUUGAAUCUUUUCAUUUUCUGGGUUAAGUUUUCGAUUCUUCAUCUUGUUCCAAUAUAGAAUCCAGUCGAUUAGAGAGCUAGGGUUUACAAUCCGAAGAAAAUGGAAGGGUUAGCUUCGUCUUUAGAGAUGGCAACGGGUCUUCGAGCAGCUAAGCUCACACAUCGUCGGUCUGAAUAGAAUCACUAGCCAUUUUUGGUGCUUGGGGACGCGAUAAAAGAGGAGAUUCAUGUAAUCAGAUAGAAGCUUGGUGAGACGAAAGAGAGCUUUGCAUCAACAACUUCGAAUGGUUAGACCAGCUUGGAGACCACAAAGAGGCUAACCUGAAAGUUGUGGUUUCCUUCACCUAGAUUGAGCCACAUUAUUCUGGUGCUAGGAUUGAGGGAGAAGAUGUUUCUUUGGAUUUUGUGAAAACGAUGAUGGAGGAUUUCAAGAACCAAAAAACAUUGCAUAAACGGUACGCAUAUCAAAUCGUCUUACAAACAAGACAAAUCUUGCUAGCACUGCCAUCUCUUAUUGACAUUAGCGUUCCGAAUGGCAAACAUAUCACCGUAUGUGGUGAUGUUCAUGGUCAGUUCUAUGAUCUACUAAAUAGCUUCGAGCUCAAUGGCCUUCCUUCUGAGGAGAAUCCAUACCUCUUCAAUGGUGACUUUGUGGAUAGAGGCUCAUUCUCUAUUGAGAUCAUUCUCACACUAUUUGCUUUCAAGUGCAUGUGCCCAUCAUGUAAGUUCUUUGAAUCCUUGCUAUAA